GGAUCCAAACGAAUACCUACUAUCGGAUAGUGUCAGCGAUCGCCUGGAGCAUCCAUGUCUCAAGACAGAUGGGCCCACAAGGACAUUUAUCUACGCAAUUAGAAACAACGGACAUCCUACAUCUUUCCCAUUCAUUUUCUUUGGAUGUCUGUUCUGUACUAUUAAUGGCUACCUUCAGGGAUACACCAUGAUCCACUGCACUCACUAUGAUGACAACUGGGUCACUGACUUCAGGUUUAUCUCAGGUGUUGUUCUAUACUUUGUGGGAUUAUCCAUUAACAUUUACAGUGACAACAUACUGCUGAGCCUAAGGAAACCUAAUGACAGGGAAUAUUAUAUUCCUAAAGGUGGACUAUUUGAAUAUAUCACAGCAGCAAAUUACUUUGGUGAAAUUGUUGAGUGGUUUGGCUAUGCCAUUGCAACUUCUACUUUGCCAGCUUUUGUUUUUGCCAUUGUCACUGCCUCUUAUUUGGGUCAUCGUGCAUACAAUCAUCACAGAUACUAUCUGGAAAAGUUUGAUGACUACCCAAAAUCAAGGAAAGCUCUGAUUCCACUCAUAUUUUGACGUAUAUACAUCUGAAAAUUACUGGAUCAAAUGCAAGAUACCAUCUUAAAAUCAAACCUGCCAUAUUGAAAAUCAAAAAUAAUGAUACAUGGAAUAUUUGACUUGUUUUUAAUACAUAUGAAAAGAAAUGUUGCUGACUUGGUUUUCUUGAAGAUUUACUUUCCAAAGUAUAGAAUUUGAAAACUGAAAGUUAGAUUCAGCAUCUGCAAUAUCUCUGUAAUCAGAGCGACAGGGAAUGAAAUGAAAGGAAUUUGACUUCACUUUUACAGCACUGCCAAUUGUGGCACUUGGUAGCUAGUUUGGUGCAAUAAUCCUGGAUACCCUCUCCCUGUUGAGAGCAGUGGCUGCUUCAAGAUGUUUCUCUCAUGGUGUCUCAAUGAAAUGGUUACUCACAGCCAGAAUUUUAAACAGAUCAAAAUUUAAAAUGGUGACUCUACCUAAAUUGGUAAAUCCUCUUCUAUAUUAGGUAUUGAGUUAGCCUAGAGUUGAGAGUGUGGUGCUAGAAAAGCACAGCAGGUCAGGCAGCAUUCAAGGAGCAGGAGAGUUGACCUUUUGAGCAAAAGCCCUUCAUCAUUGAGUUAGCCUAGGCCUAGGGCACAGACCUUUAGAUUGUGUAUUUUAGUCAAGGUCAUAGAGUCAUAGAGAUUUACAGCACAGAAACAGACCCUAUGGUCCAACUAAUACAUGCCAACCAAAUA